GAUGCUCAGACACAGUGGAGCGCCUGGAUGGAGGCUUCGUCGCAGUGUGCAGCGUUCAUUCCUGACGUGUCUGUCUACAUCUGAACCAACCCACAGGACUGGACGGACGGGGGCUAUAUAACUUACGACCCGACACUUUAUCUGAUAUGGAUACGCACGCCGUGCUGCAUUAAUUAAAGAGGGGGACAUUUUAGUGAUGCCAGCAUCCAGAGAGCAUCUGUGUUGCCGUUACCAGCGCGCGUGGUGAAGUUGGAUUGCGGAUCGCUUAUUGUAUCGAGCUUGAAACACGAUCUGAGCCGCUUUGACACCGCGGAUGUGUGUUGUGUUGUGAAUGGAUGUGAGGACAUUCAUCGAGCGAUGCGUUUCUGUUGUCUAUAACACCUUAUGGGGAUGCAUGUAAAUAAAUGACAGUAGUUAUAAGCGGUAUCAUCACGCUUGUUUUAGCUAAAUUGCGCUGAUUCGACUGGAGGAUACGGACAAUGAAUUGACGAUACUCUCGCAACUACGGAGUUAUUUCGGUGAAGAGGACUUCGAAGCUAAUAUAUCUGUAAGAAUUCGUACUAUUGGAGUUGAGUUCUUCAAACUGUUCUUUUAUCGCUAAUUUGAGUAGCCGAAAGGCGCUUAAUGUGGUAAUAUCAAACGACACCGGUUUUAUUCAAGUCGAAAAUGUUAUUUAAUGUGACCAAAUAAACCUGAAUACAUCUUAGAUCAACAAAACUUCAAGGGUUAGAUCGGGUUGAAUAUCUCCCAUUUCACUUUACAGAGCAAAAACUUGCUGGAACGCUGGAUGACCAUUGGUGAAGAUGUUGCAUGGAUUGUUGUAACUGCUUUCUACUGUCUACCAGGUUCAUCGAUGCACUUGCUUGACCAUCUGAGGGCGUGAACUUCCUCCAGUCUUCUAUAUAUCAGCCCCUGCUUCAUUCAAAGACCUUCUAAACUUCAAGAACCAUGGAUAUUAAAACCGAGUCUGAUGACAACCUGGACUGUAGGCAGCCCGCACCACUUGAAGUUUUUGCCAGCAGGUCCACGCUCCAUGGCAUCUCACACAUGUUCAGUUAUGAACGCCAGUACAUCAAACGAUCCCUCUGGAUCAUCUUUUUCUUGGGGUCUUUUUCGUUCCUGGUGCUUGUUUGCGCUGACCGCAUCAAGUUUUACUUUCAGUAUCCUCAUGUCACCAAGCUGGACGAGGUCACAGCACCAAUGAUGGCGUUUCCUGCCAUCACCUUCUGCAACCUGAACUCUUUCCGCUUCGGCCGCGUGACGCGUAACGACCUGUACCACGCGGGCGAGCUGCUCGCGCUAUUAAAUGGCAGGUAUGAGAUCCGGGAUACACACAUGGUGGAGGAGAGCGUUAUGAUGACCCUGAAAGAUAAGGCAGACUUCUCCAGCUUCAAGCCUCGUCCCUUCAACAUGCGCGAGUUCUACGAUCGAGCGGGCCACGACAUUAAGGAAAUGCUCCUGUCCUGCUACUUCAGAGGAGCCGAGUGCAGCGCCGAAGACUUCACAGUGAUCUUCACACGCUAUGGAAAAUGCUACACCUUCAACUCUGGACAGGAUGGACGGCCACUGCUGGUGACUAUGAAGGGAGGAAUGGGAAAUGGCCUGGAGCUGAUGCUGGAUAUCCAGCAGGACGAGUACCUGCCCGUGUGGGGAGAGACUGAUGAGACGUCAUUCGAGGCAGGAAUCAAAGUCCAGAUCCACACGCAGGAUGAACCGCCUUUCAUCGAUCAGCUGGGAUUCGGAGUGGCUCCAGGCUUCCAGACGUUUGUCUCCUGCCAAGAACAGCGGCUGACGUAUCUUCCUCCUCCAUGGGGUGACUGCAAGUCGACGCCCAUGGACUCUGAAUUCUUCAGCACAUACAGUAUCACCGCCUGCCGCAUUGACUGCGAGACGCGCUAUCUGGUGGAGAACUGCAACUGCCGCAUGGUGCACAUGCCCGGAGACGCUCCAUAUUGCACUCCGGAGCAGUAUAAGGAAUGUGCAGAUCCAGCUUUAGAUUUUCUGGUGGAGAGAGACAAUGACUACUGCGUGUGCGAGACGCCCUGCAACAUGACACGCUAUGGCAAAGAGCUGUCCUUCGUCAAGAUCCCCAGCAAAGCCUCCGCCAAAUACCUGGCCAAGAAGUACAACAAGUCGGAGCAGUACAUUGCAGAAAACAUCCUGGUGUUGGACAUCUUCUUCGAGGCCCUGAACUACGAGACCAUCGAGCAGAAGAAAGCCUAUGAGUUAGCCGGCCUUCUUGGUGACAUUGGCGGACAGAUGGGGCUGUUUAUCGGGGCCAGUAUCUUAACCGUCCUGGAGCUCUUUGACUAUCUUUAUGAGGUGAUCAAGUUCAAACUGUGUCGCUGUGCCAAGAAGAAACACCAGCGGAGAGACAACAAUGAGCGAGGAGCUGUUCUCAGCCUGGAUGACGUGAAGCGCCACGCUCCCUGUGACAAUCUUCGUACCCCGUCAACCUACCCAGCCAACAUGCUACCUCACCAUCCUGGCCAGGGGAACUUCGAAGACUUCACCUGCUGAGCUUAAAGCGAGAGCAGCCUGUCUGACAGAGAACAACCAAAGCCGAUCACAUCAGUACGGACUCCAUUCACAACCGGACAUUACAGAGAAUCCUUCUGGAUCUGCUGCACACGGGAAAACCACCAUGUCCUGAGAUAUAUAACCUGACAACAGAGGAAUGGUACCAAUCAACAAAGUGCAUUUUCACUAACAUGUUACAUGGAAAUGUGCAAAACUUUUAAUGUUUUUUGAACAUUUAAAGGAAAUACUGCCUCAAAAACAAAACUCCUCGAAGCCUCGUAAAUGUGGAGCGAUUUCCCCACGCCAAAUUACACAUAAUUUGACUCGGACAUCGAAUAGCUUCUCGCAGCUGGACCCUGAUGCCUUUUGUGUACAUAGUACCGGCUCUAAACUGUCUUCAGACCAGUGGCUUACGUAGAUCAGUAGAUAAAUAUAGCGCUUAUUCACUGUAUGUAGCCUCAUUAGUCCAUCUGCUGGAUCGAUUCAGUCUCAGUGUAUCUCACGAGAAUGUAACUUCCCGAACAAGGUGACCAUUACAUGCGUCAUGGGGGGUUUAGGGACAGUGGAGGGUUUGGGUUCCAUAUGACAUUGUGUUACAGGUCUCAUCUUGUAAAUGCAUGCUGGUCGUCCUGUGCAUGUUUUUAUUUUUAUUUAGAUUUCAUUAUUACUAUCGCCAAGUUUGCCUCAAUUAUAUACAGGUGUUGGAAGAUGG